AUGGCUUACUCUCCGGUGGCUGAUAUUAUUGAGGAUGACGAAGACUGGCUUGAGCGCCCUUCUCAAGGAGGAGCUUCCGACCCUUUAGUAAACCAAGAAUUCACUCGUCUAUCAAACAAGUUUUCAGAUGCAGGCUACAGAGAAGGUAUAACGGAUGGUAAAUUGGUGACACUUCAACAAGGAUUUGAUGAAGGUUUCGCAUCUUCCGUCCCUCUUUCUCGUCGUGUAGGUAUCUUACGAGGUCAAGCAGCAGCUCUCUUAGCUAUAUCCACAUCCACUUCAUCUACCGCAUCCACUUCACAUGCCUCCAAUGAUUUCGUAGAAUCCAUAAGGGAUAUAAUCAGACAAUUAGGCGUUCUAAAGAGUGAUGAGGUGUUACCAGUAGAUCAAGAAAGGAUAGACCAUGAAAAGGAAGAACACCCCGACGGAGAAGAAUUCGAAUUGGAUCAAAACGAUAAGCGGGAUAUGGAAGGUCUAGAAAAAAGUUUAGGAUUGAUGGGAAGUCAGUCGACAACUACCUCGAUGGAUGAAAAGGAGGACGGUGAAUCAGUGGUCAAUCGGUUAGAGGAAAAAGUAGCAGAACUGGAGAAAUUAGUUCUACGUCGAUAA